AGCUGUGGCCUGCGGCUCCCGGGCCGGUAGCGCCGCUGUCGGUCGCGCGGACCGCUCGUGUGGAACCGCGGGUCUCGGGCGCUCGCCGCCGGCUAUAGCUCAGCCCAGCGCCGCCGAGGCCGUCGGCCACAGCCUCCGUCAUGGACUUCGAGGACGAUUACACGCACAGGAGUACUUACCAGGGCUUUAAUGGAAUGGAUCGUGACUAUGGCCCUGGAUCUUAUGGAGGGAUGGAUCGUGACUAUGGCCAUGGAUCCUAUGGGGGUCAAAGAUCCAUGGACUCCUACCUAAACCAGUCAUAUGGCAUGGACAAUCACAGUGGUGGUGGUGGGGGUAGCAGGUUUGGACCUUAUGAGUCUUACGACUCCAGGUCUUCUCUGGGUGGGCGAGAUCUGUACAGAUCUGGCUAUGGUUUUAAUGAACCCGAACAAAGCCGCUUCGGAGGUAGUUAUGGUGGUCGAUUUGAGAGCUCCUACCGGAAUAGCCUUGACUCUUUCGGAGGUAGAAACCAGGGCGGGUCUAGCUGGGAAGCACCUUACUCCCGUUCAAAAUUGAGGCCUGGGUUUAUGGAGGACAGAGGAAGAGAGAAUUACUCUUCCUACAGCAGUUUUUCUUCACCCCAUAUGAAGCCUGCACCUGUAGGCUCUCGGGGGAGAGGAACGCCUGCUUAUCCUGAAAGUACGUUUGGAAGCAGAAACUAUGAUGCUUUUGGAGGACCAUCAACAGGCAGAGGCCGAGGCCGAGGACAUAUGAGUGAUUUUGGAAGCAUUCAUAGACCCGGAAUUGUUGUUGACUAUCAAAACAAACCCACCAAUGUCACAGUUACCGCUGCAAGAGGAAUAAAGAGAAAAAUGAUGCAACCAUUUAAUAAGCCUGGUGGAACCUUUAUCAAGAAACCCAAGCUAGCAAAACCUGUGGAGAAGAUGAACCUCAGCAAAUCACCCACAAAAACUGAUCCUAAAAAUGAAGAAGAGGAAAAGCGGCGAAUUGAGGCUCGGCGAGAGAAACAAAGGCGCAGAAGAGAAAAAAACAGUGAGAAAUAUGGAGAUGGAUACAGAAUGGCAUUCACAUGUUCAUUUUGUAAAUUUCGAACAUUUGAAGAAAAAGAUAUUGAACUGCAUCUGGAAAGUUCUUCACAUCAGGAAACAUUAGAUCAUAUUCAGAAACAAACCAAGUUUGAUAAAGUAGUUAUGGAGUUUUUGCAUGAAUGUAUGGUGAAUAAAUUCAAGAAAACAUCUAUUCGUAAGCAACAGACAAAUAAUCAAACAGAAGCAGUCAAAGUAAUUGAAAAAGAUGUUAUGGAAGGUGUUACUGCAGAUGAUCACAUGAUGAAAGUCGAGACUGUUCACUGCAGUGCGUGUAGUGUGUAUAUCCCUGCUUUACAUAGUUCAGUUCAGCAGCACUUAAAAUCCCCUGAUCAUAUCAAGGGGAAGCAGGCUUAUAAGGAACAAAUAAAAAGAGAGAGUGUCUUGACUGCUACAAGCAUUUUAAAUAAUCCAAUAGUGAAGGCACGAUAUGAACGUUUUGUUAAGGGUGAGAAUCCUUUUGAAAAUCAAGAUCAUUCUCAAGAUCAACAAAUAGAAGGAGAUGAGGAAGAGGAAGAAAAGAUUGAUGAAACUAUUGAAGAAGAGGAGGAGGAAGAGGAGGAAGAAGAGGAGGAAGUGGGGGAAGUAGAAGAAGUGGAGGAAGUAGAGGAAGUGGGAGAAGGUGGAGGAGUAGAGGAAGGGGGAGACAUAGAGGAAGUGGGGGAAGGAGAGGCACUGGGGGAAGGAGAGGCACUGGGGGAAGGAGAGGCACUGGGGGAAGGAGAGACACUGGGGGAAGGAGAGACACUGGGGGAAGGAGAGGGAGUAGAGGAAGAAGCAGCAAAGGAAGAGCCUAUCAGCUUCCCUGUCGACCAAUCUGAAGAAAAUUAAAUAUGAGGUAUUAGUCAGAUUUAAAAGAAGCUUUAAAUUUUUGUCCUAAUGUGGAAAAGGGUAAGAAUUUUAAUAGUUUAAAAUAUGAGAGUUAACACCCAUGUUGCAUGCAUUCCACACAUUAAAAUUUAUUUUAUAUAAUUUCUAAAUGUUUGGCAUUUGUUUAAUAAAAUGAAGGUAAGACUAUUUUAGUUUAGUUUUUAUAGUUAUCAAACCUAGAUUCGAUAAAUUGUAUAAUUUUUAAGCUUAAUUUUUAUUACUUUGUUGGUGUUAAGGAUAACAGAUGUGUAUUGUUAGUAUAUCUAUUCUAAUCAUUUGAACUUAAAUGCUGCUCUUGGGAGUAUAUAUUCAAGUGUGCAUUAAUGUUUUGAAUACUUACCCUAGAAGAGAUAAAUUGGGCAAGUAUUUUGUGCUCUGUGUAUUUUUUUACUGCAUUGGACAUUAAAUAGUAAUUUGCGUUAAGACACGCUUAAAAGCUUUUUGUGACCAUGUUUCCCUUUGUAGCAAUAAAAUGUUUUUUAGAAAAACUCUCUCCCUGAAUUAGCAAUUUUAAAUGAAACAGAGUUCAUUAAUUAAAUGAGUAUUUAAAAUCAGGACUUGCCUUAAAGUAUGAGUUCAGCUCACAAGUAUUUCAAGAUGAUUGAGAAGACUUGAAUUACAGAAAAAAUUUACCUCAAUCAUCAUAUUUUUAAAAAGUAUGACUAAAAUAUUUUUUUUAACAUAUUUGAAAUAGAGGUAAGUCUAUAACUGACCUAUGUAUUUUUGUUUUAAUUCAUUCCUUUUAUCUGUGCCUGUGUCAAAUCUUGAAAUCUUGACAAUACAUUUGAAUACAAAUAA